UUUCCAGCCCGGGUGUCAAGACAAUACUUUAAAAGCAAGGAAGCUGUUUUACCUGCCUUUGACAAUCCCAGAGGACACCGAUCAAGAAACAGGGGAGUGACUUGGUCUUCUGCACUACUUUACUCCUACCCCCAUUUUUUUUUAGGGGGAGAGAAGGAUUUUUUCCAGUCCAAGAACCUCUUGCCCCCAAGUUUUGGAAGGGGGUUGAAGACUUGUCACCCGUCUGGGGGUGCAUGAAGGGCAUUGCUUUUCUUUCCCUGUCACCUUGGUUUUGUGGAGGUUUGGAAGAGAACUUUGCCUGGGAGAAGAGGAUGAUGUGGAAGUGGCUGGGUGCCCUGCUGCUGUUCCCGGUGCAGAUGGUGUACCUGGUGGUGAAAGCUGCCGUGUGCCUGGUGCUGCCGCCCAAGCUGCGAGACCUGUCCCGGGAGAACGUGCUGGUCACCGGCGGGGGCCGAGGCAUCGGCCGCCACCUGGCCCGGGAAUUCGCCAGGAGAGGAGCCAGGAAGAUCAUCCUGUGGGGUCGGACUGAGAAAUGCCUGAAGGAGACCACGGAGGAGAUCAGGAUGAUGGGGACAGAGUGCCACUACUUCAUCUGUGAUGUGGGAAACCGCGAGGAAGUCUAUCGGCAAGCCAAGGCCGUGCGGGAAAAGGUGGGUGACAUCACCAUCCUGGUGAACAAUGCUGCUGUGGUCCAUGGGAAGAGCCUGAUGGACAGCGAUGAUGAUGCACUGCUCAAAUCCCAGCACAUAAACACCCUGGGACAGUUCUGGACCACCAAAGCAUUCCUGCCAAGGAUGCUGGAGCUGCAGAAUGGGCACAUUGUUUGCCUGAACUCUGUCCUGGCCUUGUCAGCCAUCCCUGGUGCCAUUGACUAUUGCACCUCCAAAGCCUCAUCCUUUGCUUUUAUGGAGAGCCUGACCCUGGGGCUGCUGGACUGUCCUGGAGUGAAUGCCACCACAGUCCUGCCCUUCCACACCAGCACAGAGAUGUUCCAGGGCAUGAGAAUCAGGUUCCCUAGUCUUUUUCCUCCUCUCAAGCCAGAGACAGUGGCAAGGAGGACAGUAGAAGCUGUUCAGAUGAAUCAAGCCUUCCUUCUCCUUCCAUGGACAAUGCAUGUUCUUGUUAUCCUAAAAAGCAUUCUCCCCCAGGCAGCACUUGAAGAAAUCCACAAGUUUUCUGGGAGCUACACCUGCAUGAACACUUUUAAAGGACGAACAUAGACCUGAUGGCACAAGGACUGUUCUGCAGUGAACCCAGCACAAGCAUGAAAAUCCUACAGGACUGUGAAUCAGCAAGUCUUGGCUUUCAGCCUGUUCAUGUGACUUGUGCUGCUCUGAGGCAACACAUUUCUUGCAGGUCAUAUCCAUAGUAACAUGACCUUUGCACAGGAUUGAGUGAGUGGACUAUGGACCCUUGGAAAGAAAAACAGAAAGUGUGAAAUGUUUCUAUGAUGUUUAAUUCUUUAGAGUUCAACUGUUAAAUCUACUCAUAGUUUUAAGAUGUGAUUUUUGUUUCUUAAGUGUCUGUGGGCUGUCUCAGUGGAGAGACAGCACAUCCCAUCCCAAACACACUUUGUGCCCUCUCUCCAGAGGAACUGCCACUGGUUUCAUUUCAGCUUUUUGAAUGAGGAACUUCAAAAUUACUUUAAAGAACUAAAAGAUAUGGACAUUUAGUGGAUGCUUCCUUCUCUUUCUUCACUUUCCAUCCCAUGAUGAAGCUGUUCCCAGCACACACUGGGGAAGGAGCAAACCAUGAAGCAAUGUUUUCUUUGCUAAAGGCCACCCAGGACUUCUCUUUCUGGGCCCAAAAAAGCUGCUCUACUUCCCUUGUGGAGGCUGGACAGGAAGGCUCAGGCAGCAGAGCUGAGAGUUUAAAUAGUGGAAGAUUCUUUCUGUCACUGGACUCAUGUGUGAAAUAGUCAUUCUGAUUUUUUUGUGUUCAUUUGUGAUAAAAUAUAAAUAGAUUUUUAGCUUUAAUCCCAGAUUGCCACACAUGUAGGCAGCAGCACAUUGGGGAUGAACUAAAUCUAGAACUAAAACUAGAGCCUGCUUGUACAAACAUACAUUCACUGACAUAAUCCAUGCAGAGGAAAAUCCAUUGUAUCAAUCUGCACAGUGAAGUGGAAUAACACUCUAAAGGACAGUACUGUCGUGCUCAUGAGGUGUGAAAUCUGGGAGCACAUUUAGCAAAGACCUGAUGAAAUGCAUUUUGAAUUCAUCUGGCAAUAAACCCAUUGUGCUUUAGGGACAUUGAAUCAGGCACUGAUCAGCCAGAAGUGGUAAAUACACUUGGACUGAGGUGCCAGAAGCAGCUAGACAUUAUUUAUUUUUGUAAUGAUAUACUCUCUUUGACAGCCUAGGAAGGGCAACACUGCAUUUCUGUGCAAAAUGCAGUGAGCAGCACAUUGGAGCACUACUAACAGAGGAAUUAAUAUAAUUGCAAUAGAGGAAGUAGCAAGUCUAACUGGAGACACCUGCAUGAAGUGCCUCAAGGAUGGAUGUGUGAUUAAAGGAGCGAAUUUAGGGCUCCUGACUUGAAUUUCAAGCUUUUCCAUAGAUGUCCUGUGUGGCUUGGAGCAAAAUGCAUCAUCUGAAAGAGCACCCUGACCUGCAAAGCAGAUUUUUUUAGUGUUUCCCUACCUCAGAAUUACAAGUCUGACUACCUAAAUGUCUGUCCAAAGCUCAGCAAAUUCAAAUGCAACGUGUUAUAGAAAGGAAAAGCAGUAUUUGUUCAUAGACCAAGAGGUUCUAUACAAAAAUUCAGAUGAGGAAAAAAACC